ACCUCAUCCAUCUCGCGCUCUCGUGAAUCCUGAAGCUCUUUCCCAAUUCGAGAAGCUCGUGCCCUUGCCUUUGAAGGCCGAACUGAACCUUCCAAGGUGACGGAUGUGGACGCGACACCCCUGAGAUCCUCAAUCCUGCUAUCAUAUACCUCUUUUGCGAUGCUGCAUUAUCGCACCAACGAUACUCUUUAUCGCCUACCUUUAGGGCGUGACAGCUUCAUCAAAUUACGCGCUCGCUGCCACGGCAGUCGAAGCUACGUUCUCUCAGCAUACUAGCUAUCUCAAGUGCUCGUUGGAUAGGCACUUGGCAGCGCAGCAUCUCAGCUUGGACCCACGUCAACGCGUCUCAACGCUACCUUUUGCCUCGGGGCUGAUGCAGUUCUAGCAGCUACCGUCCAAUAUGUCUCAAACUCCUCCACGUAGCGACAGUGGGACUACGAAACGUGCGCCUUCACCCAACGCUCAUCCUCCACAACAGAGCAACAAGACGACGCCCGAGCUCCACAUUCGGACAGACCUCAGUCGAGACAGCGAGGCGGACGCUGGUGGGUCGACCGGCGCAGAAGCUGAAGAUGAUGGCUCGGCAAGCAGACAUCUGGAGGUUCCCUCGGCCCAUGGAAGUUCUCGCCGAGGUAACAGGUCCAGCGGCCAGGGCUCCGCCAGUCCUAGGUCAGAUGGACAAUCCGCUACAUCUGCUCGCCAUCAGCAGCAGCCGAGCGAGACGAGCGGAUCCUCUUCAGGGAAUGGACUUGCUGCCAUCGAGGCUGAUAGAAUCAUGUCGGACCACGACGCACUGCGACCCGAUCGUGGUGCCGAGAACGCCUUCUUCGUUCAAAACAACCCCUUUGCCUUCUCGCCAGGUCAACUAGCCAAGAUGUACGACCCAAAGAGUCUUGCGGCAUUCUAUGCACUUGGAGGCUUGACCGGUCUGGAGAAGGGGCUGCGCACUAACCGCAAGCUUGGUCUCGACCCAGGCGAGACGCUCCUCCGCGGCAAUGUGACAUUCGAGGAAGCGACAGAAGCGGGCACUAAGACGUCCUACAACGCUAAUAGCGCGAAAGCUCCCGUCGGCGGCGAUGCGCAGCCUUUUGAGGACCGACUGCGCGUGUACAGUGACAAUCGUGUCCCUGCACGUCAAGGCCAGAGCUUCCUCAGUCUGGUCGCAGACGCAUUCAAGGACAAAAUGAUCAUCAUGCUCUGUAUUGCUGCUACCAUCAGCUUGGGCAUUGGGAUCUACAUGACCAUCAUGGAGAAGAAGGAAGGCGGCGACAAGACCCCAAGCAGAGACGACGACAGAGAGGAGAAAGUCGAAUGGAUCGAAGGCGUGGCAAUCCUCGUCGUCGUGGCUCUCUGUGUGCUUGUCCAGGCAGUCGUGGACUGGAGAAAGGAGAAGCGUUUUGCUGAACUCAACCAGAAAGAGCAGGACAGGACUGUCAAAGUUGUCCGCAACGGAGAGACGGUCGAGAUCUCCAUCCAUACGCUCAUGGCCGGUGACGUGGUGCAACUUGAGCCGGGAGAUGUCAUUCCCGCCGACGGUGUACUCAUCCAGGGGUUCAAUAUCAAGUGCGACGAAUCUCAAGCGACGGGCGAGUCGGACCUGCUUCGCAAGCAAUCUGCUGAUGAAGUCUUCUCCGCCAUCGAACGUCGGAGCAGCCUUCAGAAGAUGGACCCCUUUAUCCUGUCAGGCGCCAUCGUCAACGAAGGUGUGGGUACGUAUCUUGUCACGUCGACCGGUGUGUAUUCCUCUUACGGCAAGAUCCUCAUGAGUCUCGAUGUCGAGCAGGAGAUGACGCCGUUACAACACAAAUUGGGAUACAUUGCUCAAUGGAUCGCCAAGCUCGGUGCUUUUGUUGCUGUGGCGUUGUUCCUCAUCCUGAUGACGCGGUUCUUCCUGAAGCUCAGAAGGACAAACACGGAUAUAAAAGCCGACGAGGCCUUCAAAAAAGCGAUUGACAUACUUUUGGUCGUCGUCGUCAUUGUUGUCGUGGCGAUUCCCGAAGGCUUGCCUCUAUCGGUGACUUUGGCGCUUGCGUACGCAAUGAUGCAAAUGCUCAAGGACAACAAUCUCUGCCGGCAUCUCAAAUCGUGCGAGGUCAUGGGAAGUGCCACCACCAUUUGUUCCGACAAGACCGGCACUCUGACGCAGAAUAAAAUGACCGUCGUUGCUGGCACCGUGGGCAUCAGUCAUCAAUUCGAGGAGCAUGGUGACUCUGAUAGCCCACUGGAAAGGCCCAAAUCGGUGAAGGACUGUCUGAGCGAGAUCAGCCAGUCUAUCAGGGAUCUUUUGAAGGACUCCAUUGCUCGCAAUUCAACAGCUCGGGAAACCUUGGACGACGAUGGGAAUGUCCGAUUUGUGGGGUCUAAGACGGAAACAGCGCUGCUCAUGUUCGCCCAGGAACACCUCGGCAUGCAACGUGUGAGCAAUGAGCGGGAGGCGGCCAAGGUGCUGUAUCUCAUACCCUUUGAUUCUCGACGCAAGUUGAUGGGAACCGUUGUGGAGCUCCCACAUGGCGAGGGGAGCCGUAUCUACGUCAAAGGUGCUUCUGAGAUCAUCCUCGACCACUGUGGCCAGAUUCUGCGCGAGCCACGUGAGAAGCUGGAUACAUCUCUAGGGCCACUGUCUGACGACGAUGUGACCGAAGUUCAUGACCGCAUUGAUGACUAUGCCAGUCGUUCCCUACGAACCAUCGGGAUUGCGUAUCGCGAUUUCGAGAGCUGGCCCCCGAGCGGCGCCAAAACUACGUCAGAUGGUGAUCUCGACAUCGAUGACCUUCUGCAGAACCUGUGUUUCGUGUCACUGGUGGGUAUCCAGGAUCCCCUCAGGCCUGGUGUGCCUGAGGCUAUUGCCAAGUGCCAGAAAGCCGGCGUCUCUGUACGCAUGGUGACUGGCGACAAUAAGCUCACGGCACGUGCUAUUGCUUCCGAAUGCGGUCUUCUCCAAAAGGACGGCAUUGUGAUGGAGGGCCCCGAGUUCCGAAACCUGACAGCCGAUCAGCAGAAGGAGGUCCUGCCGCGCCUACAAGUCCUUUCCCGAUCCAGUCCGGAGGACAAACGCGUCUUAGUGAUCAGGCUCAAGGAGAUGGGUGAGGUCGUUGCUGUGACUGGUGACGGCACCAACGAUGCGCCCGCUCUCAUCAACGCCGAUGUUGGGUUCUCCAUGGGCAAGUCUGGGACGGACGUGGCCAAGCAAGCGUCUGCCAUUGUGCUCCUCGAUGACAACUUUGUGAGCAUUGUGCAGGCUUUGAAAUGGGGACGGUCUGUCAACGACGCAGUCAAGAAGUUCCUCCAAUUCCAGCUGACCGUCAAUUUGACGGCACUGGCGGUCGCCUUUAUUACGGCGGUAGCCAGCGAGAGGCAAAAGUCGGUCUUGACCAGCUUGCAGCUCCUCUGGGUGAACAUGAUCAUGGACACAUUUGCCGCACUGGCUCUUGCGACAGACAAGCCCGAGGACGACAUCUUGGACAGACAACCCGAGUCGCGCAAGGCGUUUAUUGUCACGCCGACAAUGGGCAAGAUGAUCGUCUUCCAAGGGAUAUACCAGCUAUGUGUCGCUCUUCCGGCGUACUUUUGCGACAACUUUAUGGACCUCCAGUUUGGGGAAGGACAGAAAGCGGCCUUUGUCUUCAACACGUUUGUGUGGAUGCAAAUCUUCAACCAGUGGAACAACCGCCGCCUUGACAACAAGUUCAACAUCUUUGCCGGAGCCCACAGAAACUUCUAUCUUCUCGGAAUCAAUGCUGUCAUGAUCAUUGGACAAGUAGCCAUCAUGCUGUUGGGCAAGGGUAUACUGUACCAAGGCGAGCCGCAGACGCUGGAGAUGUGGUCGGUGACUCUAGCAUUUGGUGCUCUGUCACUGCCGGUGGGCAUGGUCAUCCGACUGAUUCCCGAUAGAUGGUUCAUGUCACUUAUCGGUGGCCUCGGCCGGUUGUUGCCGACGACGGUGAAGGAGCGUGCGAAGAAGUCUGCGGGCGCCCAAACCACGGACGAAGAGAUUGGCACGUACCCUGACGCGUUGGUCGAGAUACACGAUGAGCUCAAGUUCCUGAGGCGCUGGCGGGGAGGUCGCAUCCGUAGUCUACAUGCUGCCAUCCGCCAUCCGCGCGAGGCCUUGAGAGUAGCUUGGAGUCCAGCAACGCCACCGACCCCCGUGCUCUCAGGCGAGGAGGACGAGACAACGGGGCGACGAGCCAGGUCGAGGACGAAUCCUACGCUGGGAGCGCCAACGGCGAUGGCGGGCAUCGUGGCUGCUGGCAUUGGUAUGGGGUGGUCGCCCAUCGAAGGGUCUCCGCGCCCCUUGGAAAGAAAGAAGUCGGGCGGAAGUCAGCUGGCAAGUCCGAGGAAUGGUAGCCCAGGUGCCAGUGAUCGCGUUGGCUUGUGAAGAAGAGAGGACAAGGUUGUCGGGCGGCAUGAGUGACACCUUUGGUCUAUGAGCAUUGUUAAUUCUCGUUCCUUAUAAUGUACGAUUUUGCAAGAGUUGCUGGCACGAUAGGCCGAACUCCUGGCCCAACCAGCUCGAAGACGCAGUCUCCUACACGAUAUCCCCAGAGGUUGGAGUCACCAUGAUUCGACAUGCGGUGUCGCGCUUCCAGGUCAAAUGCGUGCUUUCAAGUAAUGCUAUAAGAGUCACUGCGUAAAUGCAGCGCGCAUAUGUAUCUGUGUUGCUGCCUUGCUGUCGGUGAUAGUUGCCUAAGUAGUUGGCUGUCCCUUGCCUCAGUCCCAUGACUCGCUGUUUGUACAUGCAGGCAACUUAUUACUAGUAUUUUAUCUAUCUAUCUAUCUAUCUAUCUAUCUAUCUAUCUAUCUAUCUAUCUAUCUAUCUAUCUAU